AUGGCUAUUGUGUUAGUGGCACUCAUUACUGGACCAUUAAUCGUACAAAAGGCUAAUUAUGCCAAAGAUUUUACUGCAAGAAUGGCUAAUAACUUGGAAGUAAGCUUUUUAUACCAUUAUGUUCAUAAUAUCUUAUAGUACGAAGCACUUUUUACAAUUUUUACUAUUCUAGACAAGAAACAAGUUGCUGUACUCCCAAAUAACAUCGCACAAAUCUAAAUUAACUAUUCCAAAACAAAAACGACAUUAUACGAUAAUACCUGAUGUAUGCGGAGACUGCGUUAUGUUAUCCUGUCCACCAGGUGAUCCAGGACCAGCUGGACCAGUUGGAAUUGAUGGUAUACCAGGCGAAGUAGGAAAGAAUGGGAAGGCAGGAGACGACGGAUACGAUGUUAUAAUCGACGAUUUUGAAGAACAACAUUGUAUUAUUUGCCCUAGUGGUCCGCCUGGACAACGGUAAGUGUGUUCUUGAUAUUUUAACGGUAUAGAAGAAUGUUUUUUAUUCAAAAAAUGGAGUUCUUUCGACCAAAUUCAACCCAAAAUGUUGGAAAAUUCCGCUUUUUCGCUAAGUUUUUGGGUCCUUUUCCACUCCAUUCGGAAAUAAAGAGACGAGUGCAGCCGGGCGUCGUGGCGGGCGCUUGUAAACCAAGUCUCUGGGUGGCUGAGUUUGCGAAACGAUCGGCGUAAGGGUCAAACGGCCUGUGGCGGCGGAUUGUAGACCGAGUGUCCGUCUCAAGGGCGGCGUCGACAAGGGACAGCGCUGGAAGCAGUGCAGCUCCUGGUCGGUUAAAGAGGGAAGCACUGGCCCAGGCCCCACAGGGAGCAAGCUAAAUUCCCCGCGCCGUUACAGUGAGCGGAUCGCGCUCGCGAGGUCCACGGUCUCAGGUUGCCUGACGUGGUUCGCUACCUAAACUUUUUCGCUUUUUUAAAUUAACUUGGUAUGAAAGUAAUACAAUAUAAAUAAAAUAUGUCAAGCUUAUGACAUAAAAGCAACAUUUUAUUGAUUUUACAGUGGCUUACAAGGUGAACGUGGAAUGCCCGGAGACCAAGGUCCUCCUGGCCCAUACGGUCAUUUUGGUCUGUCUGGUCGACCGGGACGUCAAGGUCAAUCAGGCGUUCGAGGAAAGUUUGGAAAUAAAGGCUAUCCUGGACCAAGAGGACCACCUGGAGACAAUUCCAUAUCAGGAAUGGGUAUAAAAGGACCGGUUGGUGAACCCGGUCCACCUGGACCUAUUGGUCCUCCUGGAAUGGCCGGCAGAGCCAACUCAGAAGUGGGAACGCCUGGAGCACCUGGUCCAGACGGCAUUAUUGGUCCAACUGGAUACCCUGGUCUUCGAGGACUUGAAGGUGGAUUUGGAGAGCCUGGAUUACCUGGAGUGCCAGCUAGUUACUGUGCCAGCGAUUGUGGAGUGACAGAGAUUGUGGCUCCAAUGGAUAUUGGUACUGAUCUGUUGGGUAUCAGUAGUGGGAUUAGUCAUAUCAACUACAAGAACGAUUACUUUAGACGAUCUGCUACAAGAUAUCAUUUAUUGUAA